AACGGUCGCAUUUUUGUUAAAACCUAUCCACCCCCGUUCCCCACCAACUUUGCUCAACUCUCCCACCGACACAAACUCAACUUUCCAUUUCCCCACGGCCUCCCUCCAAAUAUCCCCACCAAAAUUGCACUUUAAUGCCACAUUCACUUUCAGUGUAUAUAUUUUUCUGGGUUUUCAGAAAGCCCAAUUUUUCUUUUCGUUUAAUUCAAAUUUUGUUUUUUUUUUGGGGGGAUUUGAUGAUUUUGCGAGAUAUGCAAGCCAAGUCACUGCAAUGGGCGCCGUCGCCGGGACUCCGGGUCGGGGUCGAAACGUCUUCUUUGUCGCAGCUGGCGGUCCUGAACUUGCCCCGUGGUGCUUCUGUGAAUGGCUUGAAAGCCAGGAGUUUGUUUGUAGUAAAGGCCAUGGAGGUGGAGGGUUCCAGAACGGCGAGUCUGAAAGGCCACGCUGGGAGUUCAGAUAAAAAUGGGAGCUUGUUGUCUUCGGUUGGCAAUUCAACCAAUAUUAAAUGGCAUGAGUGUUCAUUGAACAAAACUGACAGGCAAAAGUUGCUUAAACAAAAGGGGUGUGUCAUUUGGAUCACCGGUCUCAGCGGUUCAGGGAAGAGCACGGUGGCUUGUGCAUUGGGUGGGAGUUUGUAUCACAGGGGAAAACUAUCGUACAUUCUUGAUGGGGACAAUGUCAGGCAUGGCCUGAAUUGCGACCUUAGUUUUAAAGCAGAAGAUCGUGCAGAGAACAUUCGGAGGAUUGGGGAGGUGGCAAAAUUGUUUGCUGAUGCUGGAGUUAUUUGUAUUGCUAGCGUGGUUUCUCCUUAUAGAAGGGAUCGUGAUGCCUGCCGUGCAAUGCUACCUGCUGGAGACUUCAUUGAGGUGUUCAUGGACGUUCCACUCCAAGUUUGUGAGGCUAGAGACCCGAAAGGCCUAUAUAAGCUUGCACGUGCAGGGAAGAUCGAAGGUUUUACUGGGAUUGAUGAUCCAUAUGAGCAACCGUUAGAUUGUGAGAUAGUAUUAUCACAUAAAGGAGGAGCAUGUCCUUCCCCAUGUGAGAUGGCCGAAGAAGUAGUUUCUUACUUGGAAGAUCAGGGGUUCCUCCAGGCAUAAGAAGUCCGUGGAACCCUUCCUUGAACUGUCAAAACUUUGAGCUGUACCGUAAAUGCAGUGCAGAUAGCUUCUAGCGCUCCAUGUGGAUGGUAUGCGUCUGGCCUUACCAGAUCAGCGAAAACAGAUGCAGAAAUCACCUGCUCUGGUAAAACGCAUUAGUUAAUUGCUUGAUUAACUUAUGCGACAUCUUUGCUAUGUUUGGUGUUAUUUUGAGUUGCGCUCUCCUCAUUGUAAAUGAUAGUGUGUAGAGUUUCUCGGUCAGAUUCUUUCAUCCCGUGUUCGAUGUGUUUGUAUCAGCUCUAGAAAUUUAAGAAUCAUAAACCCUAGUACUCGUAAAUAAUCUCGUGCCUUUUGUACAUGCAUCGGUGCACGCAUUUGAAUAUAAUUGUAUUGAUAAACUGCUGUUAUACUAUGUGUACUAGAUCUUAUAUAA